GUCUGCAGCAUGUUAAAAGAAGAAGUUGUGGAGUUAAUAUGUCAAAAAGGCAUGAUUUGUCAAAUCUUGUUUGCGGAAGAAAGCAGCUUUUAGGAUUUGAGCUCAACUGUUGAAUACGUCACCGCCUACGCACUCCACGGAACAUUUGUUUUUCCUGCGCCCACGCACCUAAGUUGCACAUAAGUGAUGGAGAGAUCGAAGAAGAACUGACUUUUCCCCAAAUUCCACAAAUAUGCGAUUAAGCACGAUAUUCCUUGUCACCAUCGUUCUUAUCGCGAUGGUGGAAUUAUCCGAAACAAGAGGGAGAUCAGGAGGUUUUAGAAGCUUCAGAACCAGUAGAACGAGAAGUAGCUCUGGAGGAUCAAGCUCAAAACCUAAAAUCACCAAAUACACAACAAUCACUGCUACUUCAGCUCGCUCUCCAGUGAUCGUCUCACAAACUAAACCAGGUUCGCGUUUAGGGACGUUCAUGAAAGUUGUCUUUGCCCACACAAUGCACCGCUAAGCGUUCAGGAACGCUCCAGUCUAUCGGCAGGGGUAUCCAAUGUACCGGAGUUAUGUGUCAAUCCCAGAGGAAAGAGCUGUAAGGGUGACCUAUGAGAGAGAAAGGCUGCUGGAUGUCAAGGGAGAUUUGUGUUUGGGUUCAUCAACAGGAAGUCAAACAGUGAAGGAAGGAAUUGACGACAACUUGGUUGACUUGAAUACUACAGUGAAGUACAAAAAUGGAGAAACGAAAACACUACUCGAAGUCAACAAAACAGUGUCGCUGGAAGACAUCAAGGAUCAAGACUUCAAAGUUAUAUGUCACGCCAGUUGCAACAUCACGAUUGUUACAGCAACCACUUGUACACAGGUGGAAAAGACCAUCGAGGGUACGAUGAUUACCAUGUACAAGACAAAUCCAAACGGUUCGAGCCAAUUGAACGAAAAUAACAACCUCCUUUCAAUUUUAAUUGCAUUGUUUAUAUUAACAAAAUGUUUCGUCUCUAAUAGUUAGCAUCGGGCGGGCAAUUUAUCUAGAUUGUCCGUUGUAUUCGAGAGAUGUAUUCAGUUCAAGUUUAUAGCAUCUCUUAAGACUCGCAAAGUAGUAUAUAAACAGAAUUUGAUAUUCAUUAGUUAUUUAACAGUUAAUUA